AGAUUUGGGUGAAGACUGGCGCUUUUAAUAUUCUACACGUUCUUUACAUUUCACUCUUUACUAACGUUGUGUUUCUUCAAUUCCAUUCCAAAUUAAAAUAAUCUUUUGCGGAAGUGCAGUUCCACCAACAGUUAUGGCCUUCAGAUGGAAGGUAUUGACCCUCAUUGUUGCGAUUUUUCUUCUCCUUCUUAUCUACCACAAACCCGCCCUUAGACGCUAUCAAGAAUCAUACGACAGGACUCAGUUGAUAGUUCAGUCGGCUUCAGAUGGAAAAGGAAACAAAUUUAGAUGGUCCGAGGUCAAACAUAGCUUUCCUGUUACCGAUUUUAUACCUCUUCCAACGAACCCGGCAACGUCCAUACCGAGAAUCCAACAUCGCUUUGGUAAAGAAACUCAAGCCGAAAAGUCAAUCCGGCAAGCUAGGCUUGAGGCCGUCAAAGGCAAUUUUACACACGCGUGGAAUGGCUAUACUAGCCAUGCAUGGUUGAAAGAUGAGGUAAUGCCUAUGUCCGGUGGAUCAAUGGAUCCUUUCGGGGGAUGGGCCGCGAGCUUGGUCGAUACUCUCGAUACCCUUUGGAUCAUGGGCAUGUAUUCGGAAUUCAAAGUAGCCGUCGAGGCUAUUCAAGAAAUUGAUUUCAGUACAUGCGCUCUUGAGCAAAUUAACGUCUUUGAAACUACUAUUCGGUACUUGGGUGGUUUUCUCUCCGCUUAUGAGUUAAGUGAUGGAAAGUAUCCAGUUUUACUCCAGAAAGCGACAGAAAUGGGAGAGAUGCUGUACAAAUCUUUUGAUACGCCCAAUCAUUUACCCAUUCUUCGAUGGUAUUACCAUGUCGCUGCCACUGGUGCUGCGCAGGAAGCCGAGGACAAUGUUCUAGAAUCUGAGAUUGGUUCAUUGACUCUAGAGUUCACACGUCUUGGCCAGAUUACAGGUGAUCCCCGAUACUAUGAUGCUGUGCAGCGUAUCAUGAAUAUCUUCGACGACCAGCAACCUAUUUCCAAAUUACCUGGAAUGUGGCCGGUGGUUGUGAACGCAAAAGACAAGAACUUUGUGGAAUAUGGAGGUUUCACUAUUGGUGGCAUGGCUGACUCGUUGUAUGAAUAUUUGCCAAAGCAACAUCUGCUACUUGGUGGUACUACUCAGCAAUAUAGGAGGAUGUAUGAGUUUGCAUUGAUUGCAAUGAAACGCAACAUAUUCUUCCGCCCGAUGACGAAGAAUGGUGAGGAUGUUCGCUUGCCCGGUAACGUGGACAGUGAUGGAAAGACAUUGGUCACGGAACUCAAAACUGAUGGAGAGGCACAACAUCUGGGCUGCUUUGCAGGAGGAAUGGUUGCCAUUGGUGCAAAGAUAUUCGAAAAUGAUCAGGACCUAGAAUUGGCAAGAAAGCUCACGGAUGGAUGUCUCUGGGCUUAUGAAAAUAUGCCACUUGGGAUCAUGCCUGAAAAGAUGCACACAGUUCCAUGUGCGAACGAAGACUACUGCCCCUGGGACGAGCAGAAGUGGCUUGAAGGUAUAGAUAAAGACACUGAAGGCAACGAAACUGUACAUGAAAAGAUACAACAGCACCGACUGGUAGCAGGAGUCACCAAGUUUGAUGACGGUCGCUAUAUUCUUAGGCCCGAGGCAAUAGAGUCCGUUUUCAUACUUUAUCGUAUUACUGGGGAUCCUAAGUUGCGAGAACAAGCUUGGACAAUGUUCAACAACAUUAUCAAACAUACAAUCACCGACAUUGCACAUGCUGCUCUUGACGAUUGUACCGUUUCAGAGAAUCCUCCCAAGGCCGAUAGAAUGGAAUCGUUCUGGAUGGCUGAAACGCUCAAAUACUUUUAUCUUAUCUUUGCUGAUCCAAAUUUGAUUAGCUUAGAUGAUUAUGUCCUUAACACUGAGGCACAUCCCUUAAAAAGGCCAAAAUAGUGUUUGGGCCGAGUUACAUUUGUUGCUAUUAAACUUUUUUAUCACUACAUAUUAUCAGAAUAUCUUGUGAUUUUCUGGGUCACGAUUUCUUCAGAAUUUCAAACUGGCUACUUGUCAAUCUUUUUGCACUACCUUGAUUGCUAUCCUAAUGAUUGCAUGAUCACCUGCUACACUCGGGUUCCAGCCUCUCCUUGCUCGAUGUCACCAUGAAUCUCAGACUCGAUGCUGUAAAUGAAGUAUAAAACACUAAAAAGUUCUUUUAAUAGGCUUUUACAUUGUCCCCGUCUGAAAUUACCAAUUCCAAAUUAGAAAUCCAACAUCUCUCUCCAUUUACUAAAAUGUAUUAAAGACAAAUUGGCAAGAACGAGGUCUUUCACCUCUACAGAUGUACCAAUUGCUAGGAACUCCUUCAUGAAGAACUCGCGUAAGAUAUACUGCUUAGGAGUUGCAUCAUCCAUCGAAUC